AUGGGAAUCGAAAAUGAUAAAUUAGUUAACGAUCAUGAUGAUCAAAAAAGUAAAAAUAUUAAUCCAAACUUAGGCGGUUUUUCAUCUACAAAUGAUCCUAAAAAAUUAUUACCACCUUUAGGUGUAAAAUCUGAUCAACAAGACCAACUACAAGAUCUACAACAAACACAUCUACAACAGCAAACACAACUACCACAAGCUUAUGAUUAUAAUUCACAACAACCAUCAAUGUAUUCAGCUUAUCAACAAACGAGUUUUGAUCCAUAUUUGCAACAAAGGAGUUUAGGUCAACCUCAAAGCUCUUUUAAUCAAAUACCUCAAUAUACUCAACAACAAUAUCAAAAUAAUGCAAAAUUCGGUGGUGGAUCCAAUAUACGAUACCAAUAUCCAUCAAAUUUAUCUGGAGCACCAAUAACAAAUCCAACCUCAUCCACUUCAACACAAUCAUCUACAUCAAAUAAUCAUAAUGAUUUAAAUCUUGGACAUACUUCAAAAGAAAACAAUAAAGGAAGAAGAUUCAGAAGACGAUAUAAUCAAAUUAAUAGAAGAUUUCCAUGUUCAUAUCCAAAUUGUAUGAAAAGUUAUGGAUCACUAAAUCAUUUAAAUACUCAUAUUGUUUCUAAAAAGCAUGGACAUCGUAAAGCUAAAGCUGAUUUUCAAAAUCCUUCACGACCACCUAAAGAUGAUGAGCAUAAUUAUAAUCAAACUUCACCUCAACUGCAACAUCAAUCUACAAACUUAAUGAAUCUACAACAGCAGCAACAACAACAACAACAACAACAACCCCCACAACAACAACAACAACAACAGCAACAAUCACAACCACCACAACAACAACAAUAUGUGACAAAUGAUUACUCAGGUGCGGCUUAUUGGUAUGGUUAUGCACCACCAAAUUUAAGACCUACCAAUACAAUGGUAACGAAUGAUUCAUUUGGUUUAAAUAAUCAAAUUCCACCACAACAAACAACAACAAACAUGUAUUAUCAAGGAUAUCAACCAAUGACAUCAGCUGGAGCAUUAUCAAAUAACACACAACAACCACAACAUCAGAAUCAAAAUCAAAAUCAACCACAAGCACAACAACAAGGUUCAAAUCUACAACAGCAACAACAACAAAUACAACCUCAAUAUUAUCAACAAACACAACAACAAUCACCUCAACAACAUAUGCAACAGAACUUGUAUCAACAAGGUCAAUACCAAUCAUCCUCACAUUAUCCUCAACAACAACAACCACAACAACAACUGCCACAAUGA